UCCGCGUCGUCCCGCUAAUAGUUCAAAAAUAACUGCUGGACAAAUGAUUUUAUUGGAAAAUAAAUAAGACAAAAAGUUAAGAAAAUAGCCGAACUCUAAAGAUUUGGAAGAUAAAAAGCAAUAAGGCUCAAAGAAAAAAGAAACGAGAGAUCUAACUGUUAUAUAAUGAAGACAACUGUCACUACAAGGACACCAAUGCGUGUUAUGCGUACUCCACACCUACAAAAAGACAUUCGUCUUCGUCCGCAAACGUCCACCGAAUCAAAUGGAAGUGAGAGUGGUAGCACACCUAGACCAAGAGAUCCCGUCAGUGUAUUUUGCCGUGUUCGUCCUUUGCCCUCCGAAGGAGAUUUAUCAUGUAUUACUGUGAGAAAUUCAACAACAAUAGUUUUGACGCCGCCCGAGCAUGCACUGGGCAAUAAACAUGGUGCUCUCAAAGAAACCCAGUGUAUAUUUAAACAUGUUUUCGAAGCGAAAGAUACCCAGCAGGAUGUUUUCACUAAGGUGGCUCAACCCUUGGUGGAAAAUUUAAUACGUGGCCGUAAUAGCCUACUUUUCACAUAUGGCGUCACGGGCAGUGGCAAGACAUAUACCAUGACAGGGGACAGUCGCCACCGUGGUAUAAUGCCCCGUUGCUUGGAUGUACUCUUUCGUACAAUAUCGGAUUAUCAAACCAAAAAAUAUAUUUUCAAACCAGAUCGUCUCAAUGGCUUUGAGGUUCUAUCAGAAACUGAUGCUCUGUUGGAGCGUCAACAAGAAAUGAAUCAGCGUUUCGCCAGUGGGCGUGGAGGAUUAAAGCGCAAAGAUUCUGAUCCCGAGUUGGCAUCACAAGCUUCAUGCGAAAUGGCACCUUUGCAGGGCAUCGAUGAAGAUAAUAUGUAUGCUGUGUUCGUGACAUACGUGGAAGUAUACAACAAUAGUGUAUAUGAUUUGUUGGAGGACGGUGGCAUUCAGAAAUCUUUGCAAAGCAAAAUUAUUCGCGAAGAUGCCAAUCACAACAUGUUUGUACAUGGAGUCACUGAAGUUGAGAUUAAAUCUGUUGAAGAGGCCAUAGAAUUCUUCCAAAUUGGUCAGAAACGUAAGCGUAUGGGUCAUACAGUUCUCAAUGCAGAAUCAAGUCGAAGCCAUUCCGUUUUCAAUAUACGCCUCGUACAAGCCCCAACUGAUUGUCAGGGCGAAAAUAUCGUCCAGGAUAAAAGAACAAUAACUGUUAGUCAACUAUCACUGGUCGAUUUAGCUGGCAGUGAGCGUUCGUCACGUACAAAAAAUACUGGCAUGCGUUUAAGAGAAGCUGGUAACAUAAAUAACUCUUUAAUGACUUUACGUACCUGUUUGGAAUAUCUGAGAGAAAAUCAACAAAUGGCUAACAAUAAUUUGCCACCAAAGAAAGUUCCAUAUCGCGAUGCAAAAAUAACGCAUUUGUUUAAAAAUUAUUUUGACGGUGAAGGACAAGUUUCUAUGAUAGUGUGUAUAAACCCGCGGGCGGAAGAUUUCGAAGAAAAUACGCAAGUCAUAAAGUUCGCCGAAAUGACUCAGGAAGUGCAAAUAGCUAGAGCCACACCCAUGAAGGCGGACUUAGGAUUAACUCCCGGCCGCCGCAAGGCCAAUAAACUUUUUAAAAUGGCUGUUAAUAAUCUCAAUGAUUUGGGCUACACCGAUGCUCAAAAAUUAGAUGUUGAUGUUGGUCUGGUCUACACUUUGGGGCCCAACUUUCCGGAUUACCAACUGGACAGUCCAGAGGCUGAAGAUACAAUUGAGCUACUCAUGCAAUAUUUAGUGCAGCGAAUAGAUAAGAGAAAAAUCCUAUGUGAUGAUUUAGACAAUAGAAUGGACAAUUUUCGUUUGCUUCUUAUGCAACGAGAAAAAGAGAAUUUGUCAUUACGCACCGAAUUGGCCUCUUUGAAAGCUGUUUACAAACAAGAACGGGAUCGCAGCACGGCUUUGGAGAACAGAAUACGAAUACACGAAAGUUCCAUAGAUGUGCUGAAUCACAAACUUAGCAAUCGCGAAAGGCAAAUCGAUGACCUGACACGUAAACUACGCGAUCAUCAGAACAUUAUAACUAAAAAGGAAUUGGAAAAGGAAAAUCAGAAAAAGAAAUUCGAUUCAAAAUUAGCAGUAGAAGUUGAUAGGCGAGAUCGUUUGCAUGAAUUGAAACAUGCCAAGCUGCAAAAUAAAAUACGUGCAAAAGAUGAAAAGCUUAAGCUGCUAUCCAACAUAAUUACAUCAGAUGAGUUGGCUUUGGCCAAAUUACCUAGAUCGAGAAGUAUCGACAAUCUAUCAGAGGACAAGGAACAACAGCAAGCAGCGACCGCUGGUUCAAUAAGGACAGUAACAGCCACCGCCACUCCCAGAACGGAUGUGUAUAGUGGUGCCCCAAGAGUACCCAGGGGAAUGGCAGCGGCAAACCGACGUCAUCGUCGUUCUCGUUCUGCUGGUGAAAAAUGGAUAGAACAUCGCGCCCAAAAUCCUGUUCCCUUGGGCACAGUGCUACAGCCGUAUCUCAAGAAUCGUAAAUCAGUUACUAAGUUAACCGACAUGAAAGAUCUAACGGGCCACAAUGCCAAUAAAUAUAUCUUAGUGUCACAAGAUGCCGAUACCGAUGGCGAUGUGGAAACAAAACUUUUCAAAGGCAACAUUAUUCCCACUUGCGGCGGUGGCGCCCAAGUCAUAUUCGAUGAUGUGGAAUGUUUGAAGCAAACAUCUCCAGUGCCCUCACCAAAUCGUAAGAGACCCAUAAAUGUCGAUAAUGGCGGCAUUCUUAGUAAUAUCGGCACAACAGUUUCAGGCCUUUCAGCCAUAACCAGUAUAAAUUCAGCCAACGAAAUUGCAUCGCGGUGUAAUGUCGGCAUAGAAGGCCACACUGUUAAGCGUACCAAAGUGUAGAAUCCGGACGACAUCCAGCUGUUUUUAUUUUCUAGUUAAUUUACGCGACAGUAUCAGGUAGUGAGGGCGACUGUUUCUGUGCUACUCACAUUCACACAAUUGUAUUUUUUGAUAAGUAUUUUCUCUAUUAAUUUUGUUAUUGGAUUAUUAUUUUUUAUACAUAUACAAGAAGUACAUACACUUUUCUGCCACCCAUUGCUCACAGUAUUUGUAAUAGAUUUCGUCGUACUUAUAAUUGAAUUAAUUACUUGAAAUAAUGAACUAUUUUUAUUUUUACUAUUCUACUUAACAAUUUGAAGUUUGCAUUAAUUUAUAUAUAUAUAAACAUCUUUGUAAAUGUAUGUAUGUUUCUGACAUAUGAACGUUACUUCUAUUUAGGACAUGAUAUGGUUUAAUUA